GAGAGAGGAGAGAGAGAGGGAUUUCAGGGAUUUGCAAAUCCUUCCCUUCACAUGGAAGCUCUGCAAAUCAGUCGGCCCCAGCCUCUCAACAGUCAUCUCCAGAUCCCUUCAUACUGCGAAUCAAUUCCUUCGCCUUCAGUGUCUCCACACUGCGAUGGCAACUGCAACAGAGCUCUCGAAUUCUCUCUCUCUUGAAGUUCGUCCGUUUUUUCUCAUCAAACUUCAAUUCAUCCUAAGUUUGCCAUACAACGACGAAAUCGCGCAAGGUUUUUUCGGUUGAUUCGGGCCACCCCAACGUCCGGGAUUGGACUACGAAAAGGGCUGGAGGCGAUUUCAAACCGUAUAAAGUUGAGGAGUCACAUUGGUGGGAAGCAAUUCAGGGGCACGUCGUUUUCUAACUGGGUCGUCGUCUUCUUUCUUCACUUAUGAGUUUUUCUGGUCGAAGGAGUCGUCUGCUUCUUCUGGGAUUUUCGGGGCCAUAUUUGUGUCUUCUUCCAGCGUCGUAUAUUGAUUUCUCACUUUGAAUUGGUAUGUUCUAUGGCACAUCAAAUUCCCUCAAUAUAAGCCGAGGUAUGGAAAAGCUUCGAAUUCCUUGGUUUCUUCCAAUUAGUAUGCAGAACUCUCAAAAAAGAAACAGGUGAGGGUUGAAUGUGUACCCUCGUAUAUACAAGGAGAGAUAUGGAAAUGCUUAGAAUGGUGAAGUAUUAGCCAUGGUGCUAAGUUCUUCACUUAUCAUAAUUUCCAAGGACACAUCAAUUUCCAAUGACUUAUUACUCAUUUUGGUCUAUUUUAAUAUAGUUUGUGCUCCUCUGUCUUAUAAAAACUUUCCUUUGUUUUACUUUGUUGUUGGGCUUUUUGGUUUAUUGGUGCAAGGUUCACAGAGUUGGGAUUGGGUUGUGCAUAUUUCGUUUGAAUUAUUUUGGGUUGUGUUUAAGCAUUGUACAGUCGCCAUUAGGAUUUUGUGGUCAGACAAAGAUGGAAUCCAAGGACGAUGACUACUAGAAAUUUUUAUUUUGAAUUUGGAAUUGGUUUGAUUGAAGCCCCUUAAUUGAUUAUAAUUUCAAUUUAGUUUUGAUUUUUAUGCAUCAGGAAUUUCAAUUGAAGCCUCCUAAUUGGAUAGUGCUUUUCCCAGGUUAGGCUUCUCUGACUCUGGUGAUGCAGAUACCAAAUUGGAGCGGUGCUGUUAGUGGAGUAAUCAGAUUCUUUGCAUUUUUGUCAUUCAUUUGUGAAGAAAUGGGUCGUACGAAGUGGUAAGGCUCUAAGGAAGGCACUUGCCACCAAGCACCCGCAACUGGAGGAGUCAAGAAGCCUGACUGCUACUGCCCUGGAAUCGUCACUCUUUGGAGUUUGUCAAGGAGAAAGUUCAUGAACGAAAGAAAUCUAAUCGAGAGGUAUUUUCUUUUUGGCAGAUAUCAUGAAUUAUGUUUGGGUGUUUCGGUGUAGGACCCACUCCUUUGUUUCAUUCAAUUUUAUAUUAUUUUCUUCUAGUGUUCUAGAUUAGAGGUGUGUUCUGAACACUGUCCUUAUUUACAUAUUCAUUAUUCAUUUAUAUUUAUAAACCUUAUUUACCCCUUGUUUUCAGCAUUUGCACUCAAUAAAUGGCUUUCGUCACCCUCGGGUGUCGGCCAGCACGUGCCUAUCUUGGUAUUCGGGAAAUAUCGGGGUCGGGGCGUGUCAAUAAAAAUCUGCCACUUACUUGCAUGUGAUACACAUUGGAGGGUAGAUUGGUAGUUUUUCAUAAAGAAAUAGUGUAAUUUAACUUUUGAGGGUAAAUUAGAUAUUAAAUUCGCAACUUAUAUGAAAUGUUAAGAGCUUAUAGACAAGAAAAUGAUGGUAUUACACUUUAAAGUGUGUCAAGUGACUUAAGUUGACGAAAAAUUGGAUAAAAUAGUUUUGAAUAUAAUAAUAGGGAUGAAAUUAGCAAUUUUUAAUGAAUUUAGGGACUUAUUUUACCGAAAAAUAAUUUAGGGAUCUAAUUUUUAUUGAGUUGAUAGUUCAGCGACUAAAUCAGCAUUUUAUCUUUAUAUAUAUAUAUAUAAUCAAUUAUAAAGUCGAAAGACCACCCACCUCGAAAGACCACCCAGCCACGCCUCAUGCCUCGGUUUUUAAUACACUGGUUACUACUACAAUUAAAAUUCAAACUAGUGUUCACUUGAGAAACAGAAAUGGAUUCAUCAAGGAUGUUAUUUCUCUUCAUUGUUUCCAUUCUCUUGGACCUUCUUGCACCCGCCGUAGCCCAAGUCAAUGACGCUGUAUGCAAUUAUACAGUUGAUUUCUGCCGGAGAUGUUCCUACACUGGCACCUACGAAGACGGUGGCGCCUACCAAAAAAACCUCCACACCCUCCUCUCCUCUUUCUCUUCCAACAAUCAAACCAACUCCGGCUUUUACAAUUCAUCGACGGGGCAAGACCCCGACAAGGUGAACGCAAUUGCAUUGUGUAGAGGAGAUGUGUCCCUCAACGACUGCCACACUUGUGUCAACCUGUCUAGUUCCAUUCUCUUCAAGGAUUGUUUGAAUCAAGACGAAGCAAUCAUAUGGGGGGAGCGUUGCAUGGUGCGAUACUCGAGAAAAUUAAUAUUUGGUACUCAGGAGGAUGAGCCUAUUAAGUACCUUCCUAGCCUGAGUAGCGCAACUGAUCCCGAAGAAUUUGAUUUGGUGCUCAAUCUCUUUUUGGAUACUUUAACCGAGAAAGCUGCGUCGGGGGAUUCUCUUAAAAAAUUUGCAGCAGGACAUGUGAUUAUCCAAGGAAGUACAACAAACCAACCAAUAUAUGCACUUUUGCAGUGCACUCCAGAUUUGGGUAAGCAAAAUUGCAGUGGUUGCCUUAAGGGGGCUAUCUCUAAAAUACCAGAGUGUUGUGGUGGAAAGCAAGUAGGCAGGGUUCUUAAGCCGAGUUGUAAUUUGAGAUUCGAGACAAGUCUUUUCUAUGACUCUACCGCCGAUUCUCUAGUAGUUCUCCCAGGAAAGAAGAGUACCAUAUCAAAAGCAGUCAUCGUCGUCAUCAUCACUGUUGUUGCGAUUGUUUUUGUCGCUAUGAUUCUUAUCGGAAUAUUUAUUUCCUCAAGAAUGAGGAGACGAAGGAAAAAACUGAAACUUGAAAAUGAUAAUUCGGAUGACAUUGGUGUGGUGGAAUCGUUGCAAUAUGACUUCGAAACUAUAAGAUCUGCAACAGAUGACUUCUCUGAUGCAAAUAAGCUUGGCCAAGGAGGAUUUGGAGCUGUCUACAAGGGUAGGCUACCAAAUGGAAAAUAUAUAGCCGUGAAAAGACUCUCUAAGAAUUCUGAACAAGGUGAUCGUGAAUUUAAAACUGAAGUCACGUUAGUUUCUCAACUUCACCACCGGAAUCUAGUACGACUGCUAGGUUUUUGCUUGAAAGCAGGGGAAAGAAUCCUCAUUUACGAAUACGUGCCCAACACAAGUCUUAAUCACUUCAUUUUUGGUAUGUUUGCUCUAUCUUUUGGCAUAAUUGACAACAUUCCUCUUAAAUUUUAUGUUAUCGAAAAUUGUAUCAACAAAAGAAAAACUUAUGAAUCAUAUUGCAUUCUAUUGCAAUUGUAUUUAGAUCCAAUCAAUCAUGGACAUUUGAAUUGGGAAACACGUUACAAAAUCAUAAGAGGGAUUUCUCGAGGGCUUCUUUACCUUCAUGAAGAUUCUUGUCCUCGAAUCAUUCACCGUGAUCUUAAACCUAGCAACAUUCUGUUAGAUGAAGAUAUGAAUCCUAAAAUUGCAGACUUUGGCAUGGCUCAAUUGUUUAUGAUGGAUCAAACUCAAGGAGAUACCAAGACAAUCAUGGGGACCUAUGGAUAUAUGGCUCCAGAAUAUGCGAUUCAUGGUCGUUUUUCUGUCAAAUCAGAUGUUUUUAGUUUUGGCGUGUUAGUCCUUGAGAUCUUAUGUGGUAGAAAGAUUACCAGUUUCCGAAGUGCUGAGAAUGAAGAGGACCUUUUAACCUAUGCAUGGAGAAAUUGGAAGGCGGAUACCGUGUCAAAUAUCAUAGACCCUGUGCUAACGACGGGAUUAGGAACUGAAACGAUGAGAUGCAUCCACAUUGGUUUACUUUGCGUCCAAGAAAAGGUGGCUAGCAGACCGACAAUGACUUCAGUUGUUUCGAUGCUUAAUAGUCAUUCUAUGAUACUCCCAUUGCCUUCAAGACCUGCAUAUUAUUUGCAUAACAGUGAAACAGACAUGACGGAACGAACACAAUCAUAUGAAUCUAAAAACCCUGAGCAUGUGUCAAUAAAUGAGGACUCAAUUACUGAGCUAUAUCCUCGCUAAAAAAAAUGUAUGCUUUUUGUUUUUAAUUUUAUUAUAUAAACUGCAAAGUCAAUCUCACUCCAGCAUUGAUAUUAACAUAUGUAGGCGCUUUGGUUUGAUUUAAGCACAAAUUUGUUUUAUGUUGAUUGUGUGGAGAAAGUUUUUUGUGUACUUGGAACACCGACAAUGUUAUUUUUCUUUAUUUUGAAAGGGAACUUGUUCCUGCAUGUAGAUAAAUCCAGA